AUGGCUCGCUCUCUGAAUAAAGUCCAGAAACAAAUAUCCAAAAAGCGAGGAGGAAAACCGAAUGCCCUACAUGAGAAUAGUCGGGAUGCAAAGCGUCUCCGACGAGCAGGUGCAAGGGAGGAGAAACUGGCUCGGCUGAUGGAUGCAGCAGUGAAGGCAAAUCAAAUAUAUGUCGACCGGGUGGCAUGGUUCAAGUCAGCCCUGCAAGGAUCCACAGGGGCCUUGACAGACGAAGAAAUGCAACUACUUACGCAGAGCUUUAUCGACCGCGAGGAUGAAGAACUGGCUGAAGCCAAGCAACAGCGUCGACCUGGAAGACCGCCUACGAAGCUGGAAGAGAAAAUCACCCAGCGAAAAGAGACUGAAGAGCGUGAGUUUCGUGCGGGGCUUUGGGUCCCCGAGCUUCGAAACGAUGAAAGCCGCGAGAAGGUUGAGAGAUGGGCUGGCGAAUGGGGCGGGUUGAACACGCUGGAUUUCGUCCGUGUUGUGAAGUCGGGUGGCAUUAGGCCGUCAAGCUUCCCUCCCAAAGCCCUGUCGUGA